AUGCCGGUCACCCUGGCUCUUCCUCGUGUCAAUGGCUGUUACCUCCCAAAACAAGAGACUGAAUUCAUCCAUACAGUCCUGGAGGAGCUGGAUGUGUUUCAACAGAGAAAUGAGCCCAAAAGCGUUCUGCUCUUCCCUCCUGUCCCGAGCCGACUUCGCUUCCUGAUUCACCAAACCAUCGCAAAUCAUCCCAGCCUCAGCACCUUCUCUGUGGGCGAGGGCUGCGCUCGCAGGGUCGUAGUGUGUUAUUCAGACCUCAGGUUGCCAGAAGACGACGACAGAGAUGCGAAGGGCAGAUCCAACGAGAGAGCGCGCAGUCGGGACAGAGACACGGAGACCAACAGCAACACACAGUCACUGGAGACUGGCUUCAACAACAGACGGAGAGCCAGGCGGCCAGACAAGGCUAUUUACGUUCCCCGUGUUAUGAGACACAAGAUAGAUCUGGAACAAGCCAAUCUCAAGGAAACACGCGUGGGAUCCUCCUCUGACGUUACCAAGGGAGCUCUUGUAGCCAAUCAGAAGCCAGAGGUGGACAGCACUGGGCAGUCAGUGGCCGAUGAGGAGUUCGUGCAGCUGUCGAGGACGGGUCCGUCACCGUGGCCUCCAGCCUGGGACCAGACAGUGACUUUCUUCACAUCUUUGACAUUAGAUGACGAGACGGAUGAAAACUGCGCCAACAACACGGACGUCCCCGCUGACGCCACGCUCCAGCAGCAGGACCUUGAUGAAAGUCUGCUCUCUGAGAUCAAAGCCAAGCUCAAACACGAGGAUGUCACCAUACUUAACACCGUCGUUGAUUUCCCCGCCUAUGCCAACAUCUGGCUGGACCCACAGGAGUUCGGCCACGUCAUUGAGAUCUACGACUUUCCAGCCAUGUUUAAAACGGACGACCUGCUUGAUGCCUUUGCUGACUAUAGUGAAGGAGGAAUGAAGAUCAAGUGGGUGGAUAACACUCAUGCUCUCGGCGUAUUUUCUAGUCCAUCAGCAGCUACGGAGGCACUGUCCCUCAAACAUCCCAUACUGAAGACCCGCGCGCUGCUAGAGGGGAGCCAGAAAGCAAAGUGGAAAGCAACCAGACGCGCAGAGUUCAUUCAGCCGGUGAAGGAGAGGCCGCGGACGGACACAGCUGUGGCUCGCAGGAUGGUGACCAGAGCUCUGGGCUUGAGAGGGAGGCGCUUCGAGAUGAGAAACAACUUCAACUGAAUACAGUUCCUCACCGGAGUCGGACUUUCCUUCGGUUUAAACUAGACUGGGAAAAGAACUACUACACCACUCAGACUAAGGAAGGAGACGCUGCACAUAAUGUUGAAAUGUUGGUAAACAUGAAAUAUACAAAAUGUCCCAAGUAUUAAUUGGUUGAGCCAGUAGUAUUUGAGUAAGUGAGCAUUUGAUGUGAGUUUUGGUAAGCAUUCAGAAGACUUUGGUUCUUUCUACUGUAGCAGGACACAGCCCUUAAUAUGGAUUUUUCCAGCUCUGUUUCUUUAUGCUAAUAACCCCGUCUUGUCCAGCUAUUGUAAAUAGAUCAUUUUUAUUAACUUAAAUAUUAUUUAAUACAAAUAUUUUGGCUCAUUAGAGUUCCUGAAAAUGGGUCAUCCAGGAACAUCAUAUUGAAUCUGGUUAAAUUGUUUUUUUUUCUCAUGUUUUCAUGUUCAGCUCACGAAAUUUGACAUGGUCUAAAUGACAUUUAAAAAUACUAGUGUUAUUAGAAUUAUCUACAUUCAGUUGUAUGUUUUUUUUCAACAAUAUGGACAAAUGACUUAUUUCUGCACUACGAUGCUUUACAAUUGUGUGAUACAUCAUGUUUUAAAUGUUUUGUUUGUC